UGGGACCCAUGAGCCGGCUGCAUUGUGUGGAGGUUUUGUACUCCUGACAAAAGCUUUGAAAUGGCAAGAAUGGCAGCCAAAAAAGUGCAGUGAAAGAGAGAAAUCACUGGCCUGUUCAACAUAACAAUUGUGGCUGGGAGUGGUGUACAGUAGAGCAGGAAGACCAUUGCACAGCACAGUAUAGUUUGCUGAAUUGGGUUUGUGAUGUUGUAACCUCCGACGUAUUUUGGUGCCGGCAAUACUAGCAUUCAAGGACUGCAUAGUGCAUACUGCCUGCAAAAUAAUAGCUUCCCUUUCCCCAGGCAACAAAACAAGAUAUGCCACAUUGAGAACUUGGCUUGCAAGAGAGUUUACGUUCUUUCCCUGUCAGUGUCUGGGACUGCACACAAACUCAUCAUGCGCCUAAAACUGUACGCCAGCAGGCGGAAUAUAUCGGUGUUGAUGGUCAUCAUCGUCAUGCAGGUUUCCCUAACCUGCGUCUGGCUGGCCUUCAAUGGACACAGCAGCGGGAACAAUCUGGAACAGACUGAACAAGACCCAGAGAAAAGACCAAACGGGGUCCAGAAUUCAAUCGUCCCCCAACCGGGGGAAGGCGACACCAGACACUCCCAGCGACACGUUGACAAAUCCUCCUCAAAGUCUGAGGAAAAGAAACAGGACAGCAAAGGAGAGACAUUCCACAGAAAUAAAAAAUCCCCAGCUAGAUCAACCAGAGGGCGGCCAGAAGCAGUGCCGACCAAAAAUAAGCAAUCGGUCAGGAGAAUUCAAGAUUCCCAGAGUAAAUUUGUGUUUCGUAUGAUUUCGUCGGCAGUGUCUUAUUGCGAUGGGAAUGUGGAAUUUUAUGAGAAUAUGACUGCACUCAUGAGAAAUGUGAUUGUGGAUCCUGCAAAAGCGCACACAACAGCCAGAGGUGGAGAGAAAAUUAAAGAUGUACUGCUCCAGCACGAAAGUGCCGAGUUCUACCACCAAGAAAAUGGACUGCUCAAUGUGGAAAACUGCUCCAACAUUCCAGCCCCUAACGUCUUUAAAUUUGGCCAUGCUUCCCCUCAAGUUCCGCUGUUGAGUAGUGCAGUGAAGAUAUCAAAGGGCCCCUAUCAGACUCAAGGGGAAGAAAUACAAAAACAUGACGGUGACUUUGUGAUCUUACUUACCCGCUUUGAAUAUGCCAACGUUUACUGGACUGUCAUCGACUUGUACGAUACUUUCCUCACGAUGCAGCUGUACAAUCGGACUUUCAAGAACACAGAUCUCUGGAUUUUCGAUGCCCACCCCGACACCUCACUGGACAGUCUCUUCAAGGGCACGUUCAGGCGGGUUUUCCGAAUAGCAGAGAUCAAGGGCAAAACCCAGAUCAGAAAUCUGCUGCCAUGCUUCAGUCGGGGAAAGACUCCCAUUUUAGACAAGGUCCUGCGGCCGUUGACUCUUGUUGAAAAAUUCCGACGUGAAGUGCUUUCUGCUUUGGGAGUUCCAAUGAAAUCUGACAAGGAUCGGGAGAGACGCUGCCAUGGGAAGAGACUGAAUGUCCUCUUCAUCUGGAGAAGGAAUUACGUUGGACAUCCAAGGAAUCCAAAAGGCAUUGUGUCUCGGAAAAUCUCCAAUGAGGACGAGUUGCUGGUUAGCGCAAAGCACCAUUUUCCAAACUACACCAUCCGGGGCGAGCAGCUUGACAAGCUCCCGAUGAAGAGACAGCUUGAACUGAUCGGGAAUGCAGACAUUAUGGUGGGCAUGCACGGAGCAGCCUUUGGCUUCACUGUAUUCAUGCACAAAGGGGCUGGGGUCCUGGAGAUGUGGCCGAGGGCAUUUCAAGGCAACUGGCACAUGGAGUACCUGGCUAAACGCAGCGGCAUUUUCUACCAGAGCUGGCAGAACACUGAAUCUGCCAACGAGAACCUAGUAGAGAAAUCCACCAAAGUGUCCCUCGAUGCUGUUAAAAGUAAACUGGAGGAGCUGUCGAUAAGCAUUUGUACAAAGUACAACGACAAAGCAACUGUGUGAUGAUAAAUGAGAGGUGAUGACAAAUGUCAAUCGAUUUACUACAUUUAUUAAGUUACAUUAAUUCAAUAUGAGUGUUUCUUAACUUCCAGAUGUAUGUAUGAGCAUGUCAUUUCUGAACCCGAUCAGGUAUUGUAAACACAGCUGUCCACAUGUUAUUUUUUUGUUAUUAACAUAUGUUCCACUUAAGGAUGUGACGUUUACACGUUUAAACAAAACAAAAAUCUAAAUCCGUUUACAAAUUUUCCAAAACGUUUGAACGAAACUGAGUUGUAAAAGGGACAUACGUUCACUCUAUCUCCCUUUGAGUUGUAUUCAUGUAUUCACACAGCAAAAAAAAAAAAAAAAAAAAAAAA